UCAGCCAAUACCCAGGUGCCUGACUCACAAAGGUGGGAGCAACACACAUCAGUGCUCGAGCUCCGGACAUUCAGGCUGGCUUGGACUCCGGUCCUGUUGUGCCAACGCCAAGAGGCUCAGAAAGCGAGCCCUGGUAACUCCACCACUCACCAUGGCCAGCCAGUUCUGCCUUCCUCUGGCCCCACGCCUCUCACCCCUUAAACCUCUGAAAUCCCACUUCACAGACUUCCAGGUUGGCAUCUGUGUGGCGAUCCAGCGAAGUGACAAACGGAUUCACCUGGCUGUGGUCACAGAGAUCAACAGAGAAAACUCCUGGGUCACAGUAGAGUGGGUUGAGAAAGGAGUCAAAAAAGGAAAGAAGAUCGAGCUGGAGACUGUACUUCUGUUGAAUCCAGCUCUGGCCUCUCUUGAACACCAACGGUCUCGUAGGCCCCUGCGCCCGGUGUCUGUAAUACCCACUACUGCCAUUGGAGACCAGCGUACAGCCACCAAGUGGAUUGCGAUGAUCCCACACAGAAACGAAACACCCUCAGGGGACAGCCAAACGCUGGUGAUCCCCAGCAACCCUUGUCUGAUGAAGCGGAAAAAAUCCCCCUGCCUACGGGAAAUUGAAAAGCUGCAGAAGCAGAGAGAGAAGCGCCGCCGACUGCAGCUAGAGAUCCGAGCUAGACGAGCCCUUGACAUCAACACUGGAAAUCCGAACUUAGAGACUAUGCGCAUGAUCGAGGAGUAUCGCAGGCGUCUAGACAGCAGCAAGAUGUCCAGCCUGGAGCCCCCAGAAGACCACCGGAUCUGUGUGUGUGUGAGAAAGCGCCCUCUUAAUGAGAGAGAGACCACCAUGAAGGAUCUAGAUAUCAUCACUAUUCCCUCGCACAAUGUAGUCAUGGUACACGAGUCUAAACAAAAGGUGGACCUGACCCGCUACUUGGAAAACCAGACCUUCUGUUUUGACCACGCCUUCGACGACACGGCAUCCAAUGAAUUAGUUUACCAGUUCACCGCCCGGCCUCUUGUGGAGUCCAUCUUCCGAAAGGGUAUGGCCACUUGCUUUGCCUAUGGGCAGACUGGCAGUGGAAAAACCCACACGAUGGGCGGAGCCUUUUCAGGAAAGGCCCAAGAUUGUUCUAAAGGCAUUUAUGCCCUGGUAGCUCAGGAUGUCUUCCUCCUCCUAAGAACCCCCACCUAUGAGAAAUUGGAACUCAAAGUCUAUGGGACCUUUUUUGAGAUCUAUGGUGGCAAAGUGUACGAUCUGUUGAACUGGAAGAAGAAGCUCCAAGUCCUGGAGGAUGGAAAUCAGCAAGUCCAAGUGGUGGGGCUGCAGGAGCAGGAGGUGAGCUGUGUGGAGGAAGUCCUGAAUCUGGUGGAGCUCGGGAACAGCUGUCGGACUUCCGGUCAGACCUCGGUCAACGCCCACUCCUCCAGGAGCCAUGCUGUGUUCCAGCUCAUUCUCAAGGCCGGAGGGAAGCUGCAUGGCAAGUUUUCCCUCGUUGACUUAGCUGGGAAUGAAAGGGGAGCAGAUACUGCCAAAGCCACCCGGAAGAGGCAGCUGGAAGGGGCUGAGAUAAAUAAGAGUCUGCUAGCCCUGAAAGAGUGCAUCAGGGCUUUGGGUAAGAACAAGACUCAUACCCCAUUCAGAGCAAGCAAACUCACACAGGUGCUCCGGGAUUCCUUCAUAGGGCAGAACUCCUAUACGUGCAUGAUCGCUACAAUCUCACCCGGGAUGACUUCCUGUGAGAAUACCCUCAAUACUUUAAGAUACGCCAACAGAGUCAAAGAAUUAGCUUUAGAAGCAAGGCCCUACCAUCAUUGUCGCUCUCCAACUGGCCAUGAGGUACCACUGAUGAUAGAAAACGGCAAAACGAAUUCGGAAAAGUCCCUUCAAAGGGAUGAAGUUAUUCAGAUACCUACUGUAGAGAAAGAGGAAGAGAAAGAAAGUGAUGAACUCACAUCAACAAAGGAGCCAGCAGCUUCGUGGAGCAGGUCCAACCAGUGGUGGGAGGCCAUCCAAGAAACGGCUGAGGGAGUCAACGGUGAUGUGGAUUUUUGCAUUGCGCAGUCUUUGUCUGUUUUGGAGCAGAAAAUCGGUGUGCUGACUGAUAUCCAAAAAAAACUCCAGUUACUACGAGAAGACCUCCAAAAGAAAAGCCAAGUUGAGUGACAGCAAGGAUCAGGGAUCCGGAAUGAGAUCUUGGAUCCAGUUCUGACGUUUCUACCUCUUGUUACAGUAAUCUGUCCAAAUUAUCUAAGCAUAAAGGUCCCCUGGAGAACUAACAUCUUAAAGCAUCCUGGUC